ACCUGUUUUAUUCCAAUUUGGAAGAGAUUGCUUUAGAUUGCUUGGACUUGUACAUCAAACAGAGGCCCUUAUUGCUAUCAGACAGGCUGGCCAUUUUUACUUUAUGAAUAAUUUACAUUGUGUGUUUAAAUAUUCGUGCCGCAGUUAUGUUUCCAAGAUACUCGAGGAGAAUCAUCAGAGUUGGAGGAAUCACAGCUGAAGGUAAACAAGGCUGAUUCAGACCAUUGUCAAACUCUCCGUAAUUCGUUUCGCAAAACUUUUGAAGGCGAAUUACAUUGAAAGAUAGCAUCACAUUUCAACGAAAAGAUUCUGGUUUUCUAAUUCAUUUCUGACGUCAUUGGCCUGCUGGUGAUUUACAUACUCCGAUAAAACAUUCUAUGAGGUUCAUCACAAUGUUGGCAACGGUGUAAGUUUGCACUUGAAACUGGAGGAACGCUGAAAAUGAUUAAUAAAUUAUAAACAAAUAACUUAUGAGAAAGAAUGAUCUUGCCUUUCUUUGGCUAUAGAAGAAUUUGGUGGAAACUACAGCUCGAAAGCGGCUAAUGAUAACGAAAACCGGCCUUCAUAUUGCUACUGCCAAGAGCAUCGAACAAUAUUGAGUGUUUUGAACUGUAUUCUACAUCAGCUUCACUUACAUCAAAUGCAAUAAACUCAACCUCAGCAUGGCGUUGAGUCUGUUCAGCAGGGUGUUCUUAUCGACCGUAUGUAUAGUCGUCUUCUUUCUGGGAUCCUUCUUAAACAUUACUCUUUUCAUCAUUCUUAUUUCCUCCAAGGAGCACAGAAAGCGCGUAUCAUCUCUCUACCUCCUCUCUUUACUCAGUAUGCAGAUUUUAGCCUGUUUCUCUGAGGCACCUUAUUACUUUUUCAGUCUUGUUCUCAGACUUCCAUCACCUCCCCAAGAGCAAUAUAGAGCUGCCUGUAGGGUAAGUAUGUUUGCAACAUACACAAUAGCAGCCUUAAAGCUCUUGGCACUGACAAUUAUGUCCCUAGACAGAUAUCUGGCGAUAGUCUUUCCAUUUGUUUAUGAACGCUUUGUCAGCAUAUCAAGGGUGAUCAUUUGCAUUGGCCUUAAUUGGGUAAUCUCGCUGCUCUGUUUUUCACCACUGCUGAUAAUGAAAAGCUGGACAACAUAUGAAGGGACUUUUGGCUACGCAUGCGGGGUUGAUUUUCAUAAAACAAAUGGAGUUUAUAUUGUUUUAAUUGGGGUCUUUUUGGUUGCCACUCCUUUGUGUUUGAUGUUGCUUGCAAAUACAAAGGUUUACAUAACAGCACGCCGCCAAAAUUUGAGAGUGCAGAAUGAAAGAAGUAAAGCUUCUGGAAAAACUAUUGGAGAAACAUUCACGAGGCAUCAAGAGAGCGAGCUGAUGCAUUGCAAAAAGGAAAAUGUAAAACCUUCACUCAAAAAGACCAUGUCUCUCAAGCCACCUUCAGCAAAAGGCUCAGACUUGAAUGACCGGGACAAAGAAUAUAAGGCAAAAUGUCAUUCACUAAAUCAAUUAAGUCAAGACUAUGGAGCAACUGAUGAAAGACAAAAGGCUAGGGAGCUGGGAGCAGUCGAUGGGACAGAACUAAAGGAAGUGUCUAAAUUUUUGAAGGCAAAUGCUGAUUGGACGAAAACAGACAAUAGACAUUUCAACAACAAUUUUGUACUGAAUGCAGAGAAUCUAGUUGAAGAAGCUGUAGGUGAUAAGGCGAUGAAUGGAACUCAAUCUGAAACAGAUUUUGCAUUUUCAGGAAAAAAGAAACAAAGUAGUAUUCUCAAGGGUAAAGAGGUAUUUACAAUAGGGAAUUCUUGUAACAAGAAGCAAAUAAAAUCGGCAAAGCAAUUUGAUAUGGUGUCUAGUUCCGAAAACACCACAACGACAAAAAAGUCAAAACAGACUGUUUUGCUAAAUUCUCAAAAGGAAAAGAAAGAACAGGUCUCCCAUUGCAACAGAUCCACAACUUCAUGGAACAUAAUCUCAUCCACUUUGCUAUUCGUUCUUGUGUUCUUUAUCACAUACUUUCCAUUUCUUGUUACUCGCUUUUUAGAAACUUUCUUCUCAACGAUAAAGCUUGGCGAUGAGGCAUUUACCUACACGGCCCUAAUUACAACAACCGGGAAUCUUGUGAACCCAGCCAUCGUUUUAGGAACAAGACGCAAGCUUAGACUGCAUUUUAUGCGAGUUAUUUUCAGAAAAGAACUAUAGUUGUGCUAACAAUGCUAUUCAGAGACAGCUUCAAAGAUGGUACACUUGUCACAACCACAUACAAAUCAAUUAAAAAGACCCUUUCACUGCAGUUAUUUCAUCAAACUUUUUUAAUACUGCUCAAUUUGACAAAGAAAUAUCGAUAUGGGAAAGCAAUCCGUUCUCCGCCGCGAGCAGAUAUUAUAGGCCCAUGCUGGCAAUAGAAACUUGCAGGGAGUCGCAGAAAGGGAAUGGUUCACACUGUCGCUCAGUGGAAAAAUCGUGCCUGGAUGCCGUAUGUCAUAUGUUAUUUUAAAAUCCCUGGUCAAAAGACAAAAUUUUUUUUGUACUUUAGUGUCAUUAAAGUUGGCAAGAAUUACGUAGCAACUGCAAACUGAAUUAGAAUGCACGCGAGAAAUACCUUUUGUUGUUUUCUUUUAAGAUUAUCUCUGGAGCAACAAAUUCUGUCGGUUGUCUAGUUUUUCACAACUACAAACUAUGAACAGCAGAUUUUAAGACGCAAAAAGCACCUCAUUAAGAUUAUUAUCUCUCACUUGUUUUAUUGAGUCUACCAGCCGUAUCUGUAUCCUUGUGUUUUACUGGGCAAACACCAUCGAUUAUUUUCGUAUGUGAAAAAAAGAUUUUAAAGAUCUACACUUCUCAAAGUCAAAAUGAUUGUUGACCAAAGAAAAAUAAAGAAUUAAAAGAAAUCAACACAAGUAGAAAUUUUUCUUGUAAUUAUAAGGAAUCCAUCUGCUUAGUUUUAUGUGCUUAGACGUUUUCUUUUCAGAAUCGUUUCAUUUCCUUGCACUUUACGGGGGACGCUGGUUCUGCAAACAUUAGCCAAACCAUGGCGGACUAGAGCUCAACCAGCUCUCUGUAAAUAAAUCUAGCCUUAUUGGUUUUAAUUUGCGAAGUUGUAUCUCGGGUUGUUCUUACUUGGAGUACAAGUGGGUUUGACCGUUAAAGGCAAGAUACUUUACCAAAUAUCAAGUAUGUUAGGGAGACGAACUUUUCUACUUUAUUAUAUUUUAUUAUAUUAUUCCUAUUUUAUUAACAAUAGAUAAGCAAAUCUAACAAGUAAUUCUAAGCCAAUGAAACGUUGCCUCAUAAAUGCAAAUGCUCAUUACAAUCACAGUCUAGCACAACAUUUUUGUCGCGGCAAACCUGAGUAUAUUUCAACAGAGUAACAGACAGGUUCUUACAUUCAGUUUUAGAAAUACUUGCUAUUUGUUGCAGUUACUUUCCAAUCCUGACUCAGUUUUGAAGCGAUAGCAACAUUAGCGAUGGGCCUACUAAACAGUUGUUCGAUCUAUCUUCAGAUUAUUAGUCAAUAAAUCAACUUUAAAUUGUCCUUGUUCAAAAUAUGUCUUUCUCCUUCUUAAAACGGAAACAGCGUACGUUUGUAGGGAAAUAACCCAACUCCAAAUGUUAAAUACAUGUUAAAUUUACCAUGGGACAAGCUUCGCGUCACGUGAGAGAUAUCACGCUUAUUGAUUGGCCAAUUGCUGAUUGACAAAUUGCUUAGCCACUUAAGUAUCUAAGAUCGGUUCUGUUCCUCGCAAACUACAAGCGGCUCAGGAACAUUUUAUGCGGACAACCACAAUUUAGAAAACUGAUUUCUUUGAUAAUGAAAAAGGUCAUACGACCAGCUAUGUGCAAACAUAGGUGGGGCAGUUCUUGUUUACAGAACAGUCCCGGUGAUUUUUGGCGUGUUGAAAUAUUACUUUUCGUUAUUUGGGAAGCAGAGUGAACAAAUCUACUUAUAGUAGGCAAUAAAACAUGAAAGAUUUUAUCCUUCAAAUACAACUGAAUUUCUAUGGAAUACAAAGUCGUUCUUUUCCAAAAAGCCUACUUGUGACGUUGUUAGGUCACUUAGAGUCCAGACAGACACUUUUAAAGCGGAGUUAAACUUUCAAACCGCCUAGCCUAUAAGUUGAUUUUGGAUGAUUAACUAAAUUAAUCAAUUAUGGAGAUAUGAAAACAAACAAAGACUGAAAUAUUGAUAAGAAGUAGAGGUUUUGCUAACAUUGGCACUUCACUUGUCAGUUUACGAAAGUCUUCCCGUAAUCCAAGUUUAAAAUUCACAUCAUCUUGAAUUUGUGUGGCACACUUUCAAAAGUGCCAUCUUCGUCCGUGGAAUCUUCAAACCUACCACCUCUCGUUACGUCUCUUACCAGUUCCCUCCAGAAUUAUAUGAGCACUAUUUUGUGAAUACAGGGUUGCCAGAUUUACAAAAGAAGGCCAAACGCGUGAGCAACACAGGCUAAAAUCCACAUAAAAAGGCCAAAUCAAAAAAAUUCUACAAAAUCAUAGUAGAGGCACUGUUCAUUUUUCUACGCAUGCGCCUUUCAAAUAAUUUCUUCACUCAAACAAGAAACUUACUUCCCCUUAAAAAAAACUCUUUGAUAAUAGUUAGGCUAGAUUUGACAUUUGAGCAACACACUAUAGUAAACUUCUAAUUACUCCAUUAAUAUAGUAAUUCCUCUUUCAAUUUAGAAUUUCUGCUGAAAAGGCCAAAAAAGGCCAAAUUUAAGUAGCAGAUCAAAAAACAUUUCCAGGCAACUUAACUAUGAAAAAGGCCGUUAUUGGAUGGAAUUUGGCCUGCAAAAGGCCAAUAUGGCAACCCUGUGUGAAUGGAGGGAUGUGGUAAUUUCCCCCUCCUCACACUCCUGCUGGGCGGUCGCUUUUUGAGCAGCGCGGGCAUUACUGCUGUCAUUUCAGUUUGUGGUGUUUCCAUAUCCAAAAAAGGAACGCAGCUUGUUUCGUUCGUUAGAAGAAAAUUUUGUUUGAUGGUCAAAGCUGUGAAAGCAGCACUUCUUCCCGCUCAUAGGAGUUAAGCCCUGGUCAAAUGAUCCAACAUUUCACCAAACAUUUCGCCCAAUAAUAUAAUGUUGGGUGAAAUGUCGAAUCGUUUGACCAUCUGGUUGCGUCACCCAACAUCGUAAAUUUCGAUGUUGGACGAAAUUUGACUGAGGUCAAAAAUGUUGGCUGCCGACGUCCAACAAUUCUAUUGUUUUGAAGUCUUUAGUGAAAUGUUGGAUCGUUUGACCACCAUCGUUGGGUCACAUUCCAACAUAAAAGAAAAAUGUUGGGCAAGAUGUUGGCUGAAAUGUUGGAUCGUUUGACCAAGGCUUUAAUUGUAUUGGUAAUUCAAUAGCUUAUUGGUCAUAGUUUGAAAUUCAUUGCCGAAUCUUGCACAAGAUAGUUUGGGAUGGAAAAUUCAUUGCAAACACAGAUAAAAAUUACUGCAAGCAGAAAUGAAAAAUAUUUGUAAACAUUCAAAUGAAAAACGUCUGUAAACAUAAAAAACAUUGCUGCAAACAUAAAUAAAAUUUGCUGCCAGCCCAAAUUAGCAUUACUUUAAACAUAAAUUAAGAUAGCUGCAAAUACAAAUAAAAAUAGCUGCAAGGUGAAUAUUGUUGUGGACACACAAAUGAAAAAUUGCUAUG